AUGGAGAAGCUUAAGAAGAAGAGAACGGCGUGUAGGGGCUGGGUGACAAGAUCCUCACAAGCUCUCUCAGAGGUGCUAGCUCAGCCCACUCCCACCCUUAGUGAAAUGGAGUACGCCAUUCAAGAGUUUGACAAAAGACUAACCAAGUUAGAUGAAGUACAAGAAGAACUAGAAGGUGAAGUCGAAGCUGAAGAACUGGACCAAGAAUUAGAUGAAGCUCACGCCUUCAGACAAGAAAGUAUGAAACCUAGACUUCUAGCUGAGGACAAGAUAAGAAAGUUAGCAGCAGCAGCACCAGGUGGGUGUCCAGUUCCAAGUAGUGUAAGUGGAUCUCAAGACUCAGAAGCUGUGAAUGUGAAGUUACCCAAAUUGGAGCUGCCAAAGUUCAGCGGUGAAAUCACACAAUGGCAGUCCUUUUGGGACCAGUUCAACUCCCACAUUAAUGCUACUAACCUUCCAGUAAUUAGUAAGUUUACCUAUUUGUUGUCUUUACUGGAGGGGGAUGCCAAGAGUGUGGUCAAGGGGUUGGCACAUACCAGUGAGAAUUAUCAAGUUGCCUGUGACUUACUGAAAGACCGCUAUGGGAAGCCAGAAAGAAUUAUUUUUGCACAUGUCCAGGCCUUGCUUUGUGGUCAUGUCAACUUUAAUCAAAAUGGAACAAAGAGUGUUGCUCAACUAUGGAAGUUGCGUGAUGAAAUCCUAACACACAUUCGUAGUUUAGAAGCUUUAGGUGUCAGUGGGAAGCAGUGUGAAGUGUUUCUCACCCCUAUUAUCCUGACUCGUCUACCCAAUGAACUGAGGCUAGAAUGGGCCAGGGAUGGGGAUGGACACGAAAGUGAUUUGGAGUGGCUGUUACAAUUCCUUCACAAAGAAAUAUCAAGAUUGGAAAGAUCUGAAGCCUUUAAGGGUAAGAAAAGCAUUAGUGACGAAAGGAAAGAAAGUAAAGGUUCUAAGGAAGAGGUAUACUCAGCUGCAGCCCUCCAUGCUUCUUCAAAACAAGAAAGCUCUCUCUGCUCUUUUUGUAGUAAAAGGCAUAAGUCGGAGAAUUGUUUUGCUGUGUUAAAGUUAGAUGGUAAGGAGCGAGGUGAGAAGAUAAAAGGUUUGGGUCUCUGUUUCAAGUGCUUAAACAGUGGACAUAUGUCAAGAGAAUGUAAGUCCCACAUAAAGUGUACAAAAUGUAAUGGUACUCACAAUGUACUUAUGUGUGGCGUAAAGUUAGAACCAAGUUUAAAAAAGGAAGAAUAUAAAGAAAGUAAAAGUAGUGACACUAGUGCCAAACCUGAGAAAGUAGUACUUCUGUCUGGACAGGGUAGUAACUGCACUAUUUUACAGACCGCAAAGGUCCAAGUAAGCACAGGAGAUGGUAAUGUUGUAGUAGCUAAGGUUAUGUUUGAUAAUGGUGCAGAUAGAACCUAUGUCACCAGUAGUUUUGUGAAAAAGUGUAAGCCACAAUGGGUCACUAGUACACCUAUACUGUUCUCUAGUUUUGGAGGUCACAGUGCUGGAAAGAAUGAACAUAGAAAUGUUUAUAGUUUAAAGUUAUGGAAUUCUGAAAGGAAAGUUGUACCCAUUAUUGCAGCUGAAAUACCUAAAAUAUGUCAGCCUUUAGUGAGACCUGUUGUACCCAAUGCAGUGCUUAAUUCAUUUUCUCAUGUUGCAUUAGCAGAUGAUUAUCAGCAGGACUCUCCUCUUGAAGUUGAUAUCUUGAUUGGAUUAGGCUUCUAUUGGACAUUGAUUUCACCUACAGAUGCCAUUCAACUGAAUAGUGUUGUAGCCAUGAAGUCUGUCUUUGGGUAUGUACUAUCUGGUAAGAUAUCUGAGUUUGCUCCUACACCCUCUGAGUACUCUGCUCCACAACUGUUAUGUAUUUCCAGUGUUUCAGAUGCUGAUUUAAGAAGAUUUUGGGAUCUGGAAACUGUAGGGAUUAAGCCUAAGGAAGUUGUAGAAAGUUACAGUGAUGCCAGAGUACACAGAGAAUUUGAGAGUACAGUGCAGUUUGUGGAUGGCCGAUAUGAGAUCAUUCUACCAUGGAAAGAUGAAUUUGCUAAAGAUAGGCUUAUGAACAAUGAAGGUUUAGUCAGAAAGAGGUUAAAUAAGUUAAUGGUUAAGUUGGAUAAGGACAAAGAACUAAAGAAAGAGUAUCAAAAGGUGUUUGAUAGUUAUGAGUCUGAUCUCAUAAUAGAAGAAGUACCAAGUGAAGAAGUAUCAGGUGUGAGUCCCGUGUACUACAUGCCACACCGUCCAGUAGUGAAGUUGAGCAGUACAAUUACUAAAGUAAGACCAGUUUUUGAUGCCUCUGCCACUGGUUACAAUGGUGUGUCAUUGAAUGACUGUUUGCUGUCUGGCCCAUCGCUCAACCCGGACUUGGUUGAGGUACUCAUCCGCUUCCGUCGUUGGCCCUUUGCCAUAACAGCAGACAUAACUAAAUCAUUUUUGCAAGAUACAUUCUCCUUUGUUGCCAUUAACCCAGACACCAGUGUAGAAAUAGCCUCUACAAAGCGGAGCAUACUUAGUGUUAUUGCCAAAAUCUUUGACCCUUUAGGAUUAAUUAGCCCCUUUGUCAUGUACGGCAAAAUUCUCUUUCAAGAACUCUGGAAACUAAAUGUAAGAUGGGAUGAAGAGAUGCCUUCAGAUUUGAAGUCAAAGUUUCAGAAAUGGCUUCUUAGUAGUCAAUGCCUCAAAUCAUUUCAUGUAAACAGAUGCUAUUUUCCAGAGCUAUCUUGGGGGGAGCUACGCAAUGUAGAGCUACAUGGGUUUGGUGAUGCAUCAGAGAAGGGCUAUGGAGCAUGUGUAUACUUGCGAGUAACCUUAGAGGACAAUUCAUCUAAGGUAUCGUUAGUAGCUUCCAAGUCAAGAGUUGCUCCCAUAAAGACUGUUACCUUGCCAAGAUUAGAGCUAAUGGGAGCUCUUUUGUGUUCAAGACUGGUGGACUUUGUUAAGACUUCCCUUAUGUUAGAUAGUAACACUCAAGUUGUGUGUUGGACAGAUUCCACUAUUGCCCUGUCGUGGAUACAAGGAGAAACUAGUAAGAAAGAUGUAUUUGUGUCUAAUAGAGUAAGGGAUAUCUUAGAGUUAACACCUAAAAAUUGCUGGCAACAUUGCAGAAGCAAAGACAAUCCAGCUGAUUUGAUAACACGGGGUUUGUUAGCAGACAAGCUUGUGGAUAAUUCUAUGUGGCUGUUUGGGCCUAGUAUGCUAACAAACACCCCUUGUCAUCAUAAGGAAGGUAGUACCUUAGUCACUGAUACGAAGGAAACGAGCACCAGAAGUACUGUCUGUCUCAGUGUUCAAGGAGAACCAGAAUCUCCUUUCAUAGACUUAAACAAGUACAGUGAUCUGAGUAAGGCUCUAAGGAUUACAGCUUAUGUUUUAAGGUUUAUUAACAACUGUAGAAAUGUGAAGAAUAAGUUGAAAGGCUCCAUCACUACUGAAGAGAUUGAUUUGGCUAAAUUGAAGAUGAUUUAUCUCAUCCAACGAGGAGAAUUCUCUGAUGAAAUAAAGACCCUCAUGAAUAAUAAAGCUAUUCCUCAAGUGUCUAAGUUAAGCAAAUUGGACCCAUUCAUAGACGAUAAGGGACUGUUGAGAAUCAAAGGCCGUCUUAAGUUUUCAGACUUAGAUUAUGACACUAAACAUCCUGUUAUAAUACCCAAGGGUCCUCUUGCCAAGCUUUUGAUAAGAUUUCAACAUAAAUUUCUGAAGCAUGCAGGUGUUGACACUGUCAUUUCAUCUCUAAGGACCAACUUUUGGAUCAUAGGAGUGAGAAGACUAGCUAAGACAGUAGUGAUGGAGUGUUUAAGCUGCCGUUGUCUUGAUUCUAGACCAUGCAGCCAACCUGUGGCUCCAUUACCUAAGGAAAGAGUGACAUCUGCUCCACCUUUCAGUGUCACUGGACUAGAUUUUGCUGGCCCUUUGUUUUGUGCUGAUUAUCCUAGUAACAAGUUUUAUGUUCUCUUGUUCACUUGUGGUGUUACAAGAGCCAUUCAUCUAGAACUCACAGAGUCACUAUCCUUGUCUGACUGCCUCUUAGCUAUAAGAAGAUUUGUUGCUAGGAGAGGCUUACCUAGUAUCAUGUACUCAGAUAAUGCAAAGACUUUCAUAGCUGCUCAAACUGAAGUACAGAAGGUAUAUGGUCAUCUAGCCCCCAAAUGGAAAUUUAUAGUCCCUCGGUCUCCUUGGUGGGGUGGCUGGUGGGAAAGACUCAUUAGGUCAGUUAAACUUGCCUUAAGAAAGACUCUGAACCAAAAUUAUGUAAGUAAGACUGAAUUAGAAACCAUACUAGUAGAAAUAGAGUCAUCCAUCAAUUCAAGACCCUUGACCUAUGUGAGUGACGAUCCUGACUCCUCUCAGUAUCUUACCCCCUCACAUUUCCUCCUAGGUAGGGUGCCUCACAGUAAACCCUCACAGGAUUUAGAACCGCGUAUAGUAACUUCCAAGGAUUUGACUGAGAGGGAAUGUGUGAAGAAUCAGAGGCUAGAGCAUUUUUGGAAGGUCUGGAGUAAUAAUUAUAUAACCAAUUUACCUCAAGUUGUCAAAGGAUUCACUCAUAAUUGUAGUUUGUCUAAGGGUGAUCUUGUGUUGAUCAAGGAGGACAACAUUCCAAGACUGAAAUGGCCUCUUGGAGUUAUAACUGAUGUUUUUCAUGGUAAAGAUGGACUUGUAAGAAGUGUAAGGUUAAAAACAAGUAAGGGAGAGAUUACUAGGCCUAUCCAACGGUUGUAUAACUUAGAAGUAACUAGAUCUGAUGACACUGAUCUCUCUUGUAGGCCUAUGGUCUAUAAUAACCCUGAUGUUAAUGGAAAUUCAUGUGAUGAGGACACCAGUUUGUCUGUGGAUACUGUUAGUGAUGAUAAUGUGAUUUCUAAGACUAGAUCUGGUAGAAUAAUCAAGGUUCCUGCUAAGUUAGACUUAUAA